GCGAGUCCGUGCGGGCGGCAGGAUUGCUCUAGCGAGAGGCGCGGCUUCCGCCACCAGCUCGACUCGUGGCGACACCGGCUGCUGCGCUGUUGAGGGCACAACAGAAGCAAUAGACUGUCCUGGUCAGCCAAAAUCUCCAUUGGAAAAGUUUAUGGUCAGGUUGUGCACAUACCAUCAGAAGCGCUUCGUCCGUGUCCUGAAUGAUAUAUGCACUGAAGUACAACCAGGCUGUGAGGGCCAGCAGUUACCUGGAGCUACAAACAUGGAUGUAUCUACUUGUAGCUCAGGCUGCAGCCAGUAUCGUACUGAGAACCAGGAACUUGGAGCUUCUUGUUCAGAGCCUAAGCACCUUCCAUCUCUGGACCCUGAGCAAUCAGGGCCUCAUGGUUCUCUGCGCAUACUAUGUCAUGCUCUGAAGCAAGCAGUGGAUCUGAAGUCUUCAGACAGAAGAGAAAAUUGCAGUCCUAUUGUCAGAAGAGACUUCCCUGAGCUUCCUAGCAUUAGAACAAACUCUGCAAGUCCCAGGGAUAGUCCCAAUCAAGGGUACCUCACCACCUCCAAUUCCCAUUAUUCUGUUAAAGGCCUGGAAGGGCAAAUCCCUAGUAAUGAGCAAGAGAUGGGAAUCAGAAAAGGUGAAGAUGACAAAGACCAGAUGCAAAGUCGAGCUUUGUUGGGAGGUUACGUUGCUGUGAAAGCAUCAAAUGUCAACGCUAGUGAGGAUAGUCUGGAAAGUCGUCUGGGCUCUCAAAAGGGCCUUUUCAAACCUUUUCCUGAGGAGACCAGAGAGCCAGUCUUCUCAGCAAGCUCCCCUCGGCGAGCAGAUAAAGAGAAUGCUUUGCAGUGCAGUUCCAAUGCCUCCUUGCACCCAGAUACUGAAAUAAAUGACCAAGAAGCCAGACCGAAGACAGAGAACCAUCUCCAGUCUGCGGGGAAGAGCAAAGGGAGUAGUCAUAUGCAUCCUGUUGAGAAGACUCAUUUGGAGAAUGCCAAAGACAAUUGGCUGCCAGUUAGCCCUGUGCCAGGGGUUCAUCACAAAACCACCAAUGGACAUUCAAGAGCCAAGAGCAUCUCAGUCUCCUCCAAAAACACUCGUAAGAGCAAACGAGCCUCAGGACUAAGAAUAAAUGAUUAUGAUAACCAAUGUGAUGUUGUGUUUAUCAGCCAGCCUAUUACAGAAUACCACUUUGAGAACAAGAGGGUUGUGUCUUCUAGAAAGACAGCGAGGAAGAGUACACGUGGAUAUUACUACAAUGGUGAGUGCUGUGAGCUUCCAACUGUUCGCACCUUGGCUAAGGCUUCCCGUGUACAGGAGAGUGAGAGCACCCCAGCACCAAGGGCUGAGGUCCUAACCACCCCUAAUCAGGCAGCAGCUCAAACUGUGAGUCAAAAUGCUGACCAAAGGUCUUCCCUUGUGGCACUCCCUCAAACAAACUCCUCUGACAAGAACACUCAGGACACAGCUGAGCCAUGCCCAGCUGAGAAUAAUCCUCUUGAAACAAGUUUCAUGAAGCAGGGAGAAGCUUCACCUGCAGUUGAAGAACCACCUGCAGUUUCUCUCUCCCUGCUAGCUUGCCCUGAUCUGAAUGCUGAGGAAAGCAGCUUGUCUGUCUCUUCAUUUCAGUCUGCAGUUGUCUCUUCCCCACAAAUGAAUGAACAGGAACUGCAAGAGCAAGCUGAUGUGAGCGAAAUCCUGCAGACUAGUAACACUAUGGACUCCUGUAAGAGUAGCAGUCCUUGUAAAGAGAGUGGCAGUGCAGCCAACUCUGUGCCACUGUCCAUCUCAGAAACUGAUGAUAGCAAAGAAAACUCUUUGACUUUGGAGAAUAUUCUGGAGCCUUCCAAUCUUGUAAAUCAGGAACCUUCUGUUAGUGUGAAUCUUCCAGUGACUGAAGAGCUCACAGCCAAAAUAGAUCCACUGCCUCCCUCUGAGGGGUCUGCUACAGCUGUAGACUUGCCACCACCUGUGGAAUCACCUGCUGAUGUGGAACUCCCAUUACUUUCCCCUACAGACCUUGCAGAACCACAAGCAGAGUCUCCUGCUCUUGUUAACUUGGGUGCUUCUGCAGUCCUCCCAACAGAGGUCCCUUCAGGCACAGAGAUGGUGUGUUCUGAGGAGCUUGUUACCAGCUCAAGGGCAGCUUCUCCGGUGACACUUUCUGCCAGUGUGGUCCCUGAGACUCCUGCAGAUGCAGAUUUGGAAUCCUCAGAGCCCCCUCUUGUAAAAUCUCUGGCGACAAUACCUGGUGAGGUGAAUCCAGAGCUUUCCCAACUCUGCUCCAGCUUAGAUGCUACAGAGCUCCCUGCCAGCUUGCAAUGUGCUGAUGCAAAUGGAAGCAUUAAUACUGAGCCUGCUGUUGAAAGGACACAGGACUGGGAGGAAGGCCAAGCAGAAAAAAGUGAGACUGUGUUGCCUGUUGUAGAUAUUGGUGAAAACCAGGAAGCAGAAAUAGUAGAAGAUACAAGUGAUUCUAGCAAGAUGGAUGAGAACAGGGAAGCUGAUGGCAAAGCUCCACCAGUCUCUGAAUUGUCAGAAACAAGCAGCAAAGGGGCAGCUUCUUCCAAAAUAAGCUCAGACAAAAAGCGAAAAAGAGAGAAAAAACCUCAAGUUGCAUCUGAUCGCCGCCUUCGGAGCCAACAGUCCCUGCCUCCUGCAGAGGACAGUUCUGAGCCACCCAGCUCACCCACCCCCCUGCAGCUUCCUCAGCUUCAGAUCAAGCUUUCUAAAAGCCCUGGUGCUAAACGUUUUAAAAGGGAGGUACAUCUUGAUGGGGCAGCAUCUGUGAGCUUUCCAAGUGAUUGCUUCCACGAAACAUUGCUCACUGACAUUGGGAACACCCAUGAUGGAGAACCUAAGCAGCAGACAGGGGACAUAAAUGACAUCACAAAGGAACAGACCUAUAAAAACCUGUUGCCUAUAGAGGCUGCAGUAGAUGAAAGUCAGAAUGGAGAUGACAGGAGCAAGCAAGGGACUAUGCUUGAAAUCUGUUUAGAGGCAAAUUCUGACAAAAGAAGUGUUCAUGUCCCAGCAGAAAUCUCUGAUGAGGGUGAACAACAAACAAAUAGGAAUCAAGAAGCUCUAGAGAACUCUGACAGUUCUAUGGAAGUUAGAGAGGUGUUGCACACAGAUCAUGGGAUCAUUUUCCAGCCUUGUCCUGGUAGCAAAAAUGAAAGCAGGAAUGCACCACUAGAGAAAUCUAUGAGAUACAAGAAGCCAGCCCUCCAGUUCUAUAACUUGAGACAUACCCCUGCCCUUCCUCCUGUGGCUAGUGUCCAGAAAACCACAGCAGAAAAAGUAAUCACAGAACCAGAUUCUAAUGUCAUGAACCAACAACAAGCUGGCGGUGAAGACCCCAUUGGCUUUAGCAGCAUAGAGGUGUUGUCUGACAACAAACCCAGAUUUGUGGAAUGGUGUGCUGAGGAAGAGAACCAAGAACUCAUCACAAAUUUUAAUACCCAGUACAUGAAGGUCCAGAAAGGGUGGAUUCAGCUGGAGAAGGAGGCUCCACCAGCUCCAAAGGUCAAGAACAAGUCUGACAAGCUGAAAGAGAUCUGGAAAAGCAAGAAGCGGACCCGGAAAUUCAAAGGAUCUACUGAGGUCCAGAAGCUCUCCCCUGUUCAGAUGCUGUUCAUGAAGGCAUUUAAUGUAUCCAACAUCUGCAGGUGGUUCAUGGAGACAACUGAGACCAAGUCUCUGGUAAUUGUGAAGAAGUUGAAUACACGACUCCCAGGAGACAUCCCCCUCAUCAAGCUUCCACUCCAAAAGGGCUCCUCUUCUGGCAUCUACCCAAGCUCUCUUCAAGCUGAACGUCUGAAGAAGCACCUGAAGAAGUUUGCUGCUAUGACUCCAGCAAAAAACACAAUAAAAACCCAAAGACUGUGGGCUAGGCUUCGAGAGGCCACUGAGGAAACUGAACCAGAGCAAGUGGCCAGUCCAAAGCAGAUGUCCCCCUCUGAUGUAACUUUGGAACAUGCUGUUGAAGCAAAAACCCAAUCCCGUCCAGCCACACCAGUGCAGACCAGCUCACGAAUUCUGAGGAAAUGCUCCAACUUGCGAAGCAAGCUUCCUGUCCAGCAUAAGGUGGUCAAACAGGAGAAAAAUGAGUGUGUAACGAAGCAGCCCCCAACUGAAAGCAAGCCAAGUAAGAAGAGCUUGUGCAUUAAGCCACUGAUGUCUCCAAAGCUGGUGCAGCAGGUCAAAGCAGCCCCACCUCCUAAUAAAUCAACUGAAAGUGGAGGAAAGGAAAGGAAAGGGAAAGGAAAGGUGCAGGAGGACUCCCCAUUGAAGAGUGAGCCUCAACCAAGCAAAAAGAAGUCACAGAAUGAGAGUAUCAGGGCACAAAGGCAGUUAAAUAAACUUCCUCAUAAGAAGUCCAGUAAAUUGAAGCAUUCAGCAACUUGUGCUACUCGGAAACAGACAGCCAUGGAGAGAAGCAAUAAACACACAGCUCAGAAUGAGAAAGUGAAGAAGCCACAGCUCGGGAAAAAGCAGCCUCCCAUCCCAAAAGGGAAAGCAAACACCAGUCAAAAAGCCUCUCUUCCUUCCAAGCAAGUAGGGCUUGCCAAGCCUUCAAAGCAGAAAGUGGUGCAAGACUCCUCUGGACGGUCUCUGAAAGUUGCUGCUAAAAAGGCAAGCAGUGGAAAAGCUCUGACUAGGUCAAUGAAACUGUUUCAGCAGAACAAAAAAGCCCAGAGCAAAAGGAAGCUAGGGGCAAACAAAAACUCUUCUCCCUGCAAGCGCAGGAGGCUGGAUGCAAAGUAGCAGCCUUGCGUUAAAUGGGGGGUGAGUAGGUUGUAGGUCACAAAAUUCUUUCCUCAUGCAUUAAGUAGAUCCAUUUAUGAACCUGGGGGAGCCAGGCAAUGUUUGACUAAAGGCCUACCCCCUCUCCCUGAUUUUAGGAGCCCUCACCCAUGUUGCCUGCAGAGUGGGACACCGUUCUUCUCCAUAGCUGAGAAGGGAAGUGACUGCUUUGGGAAGUUCCUAGACUUUUAACUGGGAGCUUGGCAGUUUCAGUUCAAAGUACAGUGCCUUAUUUAACAUUUUAGGAAAUAAAUGUAGUCUGCGUGAUUUAAAGGCUGGCAGUUUAUAGGUGAUGCACAAGCACUUGUACUGUAAUGGAAAGAGAACAACCUUUCAUGCACACCACAUAGAUUUUGACAACCCAUCAGCUGGGAUUCACAUAGGAGCAGCCCUGCCCCCCAUUGGCAUUGUAGCAUCCUGGCUUCAUUUAAUUUGGGAGUAGCAUUUAAAGCCAAAAUCCAAAGCAUUUUUUCCUUUUAAUGUCACUCACUACUAGCAGGACAGAAUGAUAUAAUUUAUUAUUAAGGUAUUAACUGCCAGACACCUUCAAUAACUUGGAAGGGAGGGGGUCUAGGGUUUGACUGUGUUCUAGCAUAUCUUCUAUGACAAAAAGAUUCUCUGUGCUGCUUCUUCAGUCAUUGUGGUAACUCUGGACAGCUUUAUAAAAAAAAUGGAUUGCUCAUUUGUUUGGAUAGUGAGCCCUUCCCAUUGCCUGUCUUUUUGGAUAUUACUAUUAAGAUGCAAAGAAUUAUUUUCCUGUUUUACAACUGAGAUGAAUGUCUGGAAUACCCCUGAAAGAUGAUUGGCCCAGUGAGCAUCUCAUCAUUGAUACUGAUGGACAGCCCACAUAACCAUCCCAAAGUAGAGUCUGCAUGCAUCUUAAAAUGGUGUGUCUGUGUGAACUAUUGUUGGAAGCUGCCCAUAGACUUGGUGGUUUCUUCUUAUGAAGGACCAAGUGAUGCUUCCAUUUCCUUAUUUUCUAUGCAGUUUCUUUGAGCCCUCUUUCCACUGGUUUUCUGUUUUUCAGAUGUCCCAAGGCUUUUUAAAAAAAUUUAAAAGUUAGAAUGAUGCAAUACUGGCUGUGAAUUAGCUGAAAGUAUUGUGUGCUUUUCACAAAGUUGGUUGGAUUGCAGCUUGAGAUGAAGUAAACUGUCUCUUCCCUGGCUUAAAAGGCUGUACUUUCCAGCUCUCUAAAUGCUCACAAUGUGCCAUACAAUUUGUACAGCCUCAUCUUCCAGGUUUAAUCAAUGAAUUAUGUAAAGGUCAAGAAGUCAUCGCUGUUCAUACAAGAUAUUCCUAUGAAAGCCUAUUAGAAAUGCAAACAGUACCCUUCUCAGUGCAAACAUGUGUAAUGGAUCCAGCGAGAGGGAAAGAGGAUUUUUCUCAGGGGAAGUUUCCUGUUCCCUACACUUUGUGCUACCCAUCUGUUGGGUGAUAGUGGUUGCUUCUAUUGUGGGUCUGGAGACAAAAGGCAAGGCCUGGCCUUUUAUUUAUUUCUGUAGUUUCUCUUUGAGCCACAACGAAGACCAAGCUGUUUGCUUAGAAACUUGUGCAAACUUCCUCUCAUUUGCUGUGUGUGGCACCCAAGAGCUUCCCAUGAAGGCCUUCAAAUUGCUUGACCUUUCAGAAUAGCUUUCCAUGGAUACCAUCUGAGAUCUACGUACUCAAACACAUCUUUACACAUGAUUAUAUUAACUGGCUUAAACCAGUCUUUCCAGUUCGUAAGGGAUUUAUUGAAUAAAAGAAAAGGCAAACCCUUCAGGGAGUACGAAGAAGGCAGAGGCAUGAAUGAAUUGAUUUUUUUUAAGGGGGGGGGAGGGUAUGUUAGCAUUGGCACUCCUAUACCAAAGCUCAUUACUGCAGGCAGAAAACUAGUUAAGUAAUUUUUCCAUUGAUCAAAAAGGUUGGAAUUAGGCUUCUGAAAAUGGAAAACCCUUUUACUCACCCACUUAUUGUCGGUGGCCUGAGAGGGUGCACUAAAGCUGUAGGACACAUCAGGGUGGACUCUUUUUUAAUGAAAUAGUUUUGAUUUUUAACUUCUGUCUUCUGAUUUUAAUCAUGCUGUAUAAAAUUAAUUGUUGUGAGUGCUUAAAUGAGUCCUAGCAUUCCUUGUAAAGGUUGAUAUGAAGUUGUCUUGUUUUAUCUGCACAUGUCACAUGUGCUAGACAUUCCAGCCCUUGUGUUAGGAGGUAUAUAAUGAAAUUUAUGAUUGAGAGGAAAAGGCAAAGAUGUCAGAAUUUCUCCUCUCCUUUUUCAAACAUUGUGUGUCUCCAUCCACAGAGAUGUGUAAAUCUUCUGCUCCCUCUAUCCAGGGCUGCUUCCUAAGAAAAGGCUGGAUGAUAGGGGCACCUUGUGCUACUUGUGGGAAGCAGUUCUCGUCCAGUCACCUGCUAAUAAAAUCUUUCUGCAUCUCU